AUGGGGAGGCAGUUAGGGAUUAAUUAUGAAGAGAAAGAAGCUGAGGCCUUAAAGAAGAUCUCUGAAAUGGAACUGAAGGACAAGGGGCGGAUGGGAGAGGGUCAGAGAUUAGGAUUGGGUAGAAGGGAGAAAAAAGGCAAGAUUAGAAGUCUGAUUGUAGAUAGAAAAAUUGAUAUUGUUUGCCUCCAAGAGACCAAGUUAUCAAGAUGCUUUGAGUUAGAUGUUAAAGCCCUAUGGCCAAAAGCCAAAAUGGAUUAUUUGUAUAUAGAUUCAGAUGGAAAUUCAGGAGGUUUGCUAUGCAUUUGGGAUCCAAGGAUUUUCCAAAUUUCAAAUUGCUGUUGCAAUAGGAGCUUUAUACUACUUUCAGGUACUAUUCUCAAUUCCUUUGAGUGUGUCUUAGUUAAUGUAUAUGCUCCUAAUGUAGUGGAUAGGAGAAGGAAGCUAUGGGAUACUCUGGUACGGUUGAAAUCUACUUUCUCUAAGCCUUGGUGUCUUGGUGGUGAUUUUAAUGAAAUCAGAUGUGUGGGUGAGAGGAUAGGCUGCUCUAGAAGGGACAGGGGUAUGAAGGAAUUUAAUAGCUUCAUUGAGUCAUGUGAAUUGUCAAAAGUUCCUUUGCUGGGAAGGAAGUAUACUUGGUGCAGUGCACAAGAAGGGGUUAAGUGGAGCAAGUUAGAUAGGUUUCUAGCAAAUCCAGAAUGGUUAGAAGUUUUAAAACUCAAGUUGUGGGGUUUGCCUAGAAUUUUAUCAGAUCACUGCCCUUUAAUCCUCAUGGAUGAGGAGAGGGAUAGGGGCCCUAGACCUUUUAGAUUCAUCAAUGCUUGGUUGUUACACCAUCAAGAGGCUUUGCGAAAGUGGAAUAGAGAAGUUUUUGGGGAUGUAUCAGCUAAACUUAAGGAUGCUGAAGAGGAGUUGAACAAGCUUGAUUUGCUAGCAGAAACAAGAGCUCUAGUAGAUUCGAAGAAGGCAAGGAGAAAAGUGGUGAACAGUGAGGUUUGGAAGCUAAGUAGAAGGGCUGAGUGGAUGUGGCGUAGUCUCAGG